GUGGCUCGUCAGAUCCGUUGUCAUUUCCUCUUGCUUCACACUCUGCUGACAGUGUCGGGUUUUAUAAAAAAAACAAAACAUUUCACACAAAGUGUGAAAAUCCCGGUGAAUUAGUUGAGAGAAUCAGCAGUGUGUGUUUGUGUGGAUCAUGCUAGAGGACUCCAAUACACAGCACCCCACCAUCAGCGACUGACAGACGCGCUCAUAACUUGCUGGAGUGCGGCCCUGGGCUUCCUGUUGAGAUCUUCUUCAUCACUUUAAGCGGUCAUCUGAGGAUGUGUCUGCUUUCUUUAUCAUUCACUGCUCUUCAUGGCUGUUUCAGGUAGGAAGUUGCGUAGAGGGACGUCACUGAGGAGUGAUGCCUGUUGAAAGUGGAAACAGCGCAGCCGCCCGUCAAGUCAAACAGAAGCGCAAGUCGCACAGUCUCUCCAUUAGGAGGACCAACAGCACCGAGCAGGACAGACCAGGCAUGCAGAGAGACAUGCUGGAGGGACAGGACUCCAAGUUGCCGAUGGCCUUAAGGAGUAACUUAAUGGACCUGUUCGGACAGAUUGAACGGGAGUUUGAAAAUCUCUACAUUGAAAACUUAGAUUUGCGCAGAGAGAUUGAUUCGCUAAACGAACGUUUGGCUGGAGAAGGACAGACAGUCGAUGGUGGCGAUCUGAGCAAAGGAGCCCUGAAAACAAAAGCUAGUCACAGCACAAGUCAGCUGUCCCAGAAGCUGAAGACGACAUACAAGGCCUCCACUAGCAAGCGCUCAAAUUCUUUCCCGGGGAAAGUAGGUGGACCUCGCAACUUCAAUGUGGGGAACUGGGAGUUAUGGGGUGGAGACUCAUGGAUUGUGUCCAGUUUCAAAGCCACCACGUCUCGUGCAGUGUGUCAGCUGGUCAAGGAGUACGUGGGACACCGGGAUGGGAUAUGGGACCUGGCUGUGACUCGGGUUCAGCCGCUGGUUCUAGGCACAGCUUCAGCCGAUCACUGCUCCAUGCUGUGGAGUAUUGAGACUGGAAAGUGCCUGCUAAAAUAUGCUGGUCACGCUGGAUCAGUCAACUCCAUUAAGUUCCACCCCACAGAGCAGAUGGCGCUUACAGCAUCCGGGGACCAGACGGCACACAUCUGGCGUUACAUGGUACAGCUGCCGCUUCCUCAGCCCCCAGCAGACAUCAGUGCCUCGCUGGACGAUGACGUGGACUUCUCUGAUAAAGAUGAGGCCGAUGGGGAGGCAGAUGGGCCCAAUGAAUGCCCCACUAUCCGUAUCGCCACAACGACCUUGAAGAGCCACCAGGGUGUGGUGAUAGCAGCUGAUUGGCUGGUGGGAGGAAAGCAGGUGGUCACUGCAUCCUGGGAUAGAGCCGCCAACCUCUAUGAUGUAGAAACCUCAGAGCUGGUGCACGCCCUCACAGGUCACGAUCAAGAGUUGACCCACUGCUGUACUCAUCCCACCCAGCGUCUGGUGGUGACCUCAUCCAGGGACACCACCUUCCGUCUGUGGGACUUCAGAGAUCCCUCCAUCCACUCAGUGAAUGUCUUCCAGGGCCACACCGACACCGUGACAUCAGCCGUGUUCACCGUGGGGGACAAUGUGGUGUCAGGAAGUGACGAUCGCACCGUCAAAGUGUGGGACUUGAAGAACAUGAGAUCUCCGAUUGCUACCAUCCGCACAGACUCAGCCGUUAAUAGGAUAAGUGUCUCAGCGAACCAAAGAAUCAUCGCUCUGCCACAUGACAACAGGCAGGUCAGGCUGUUCGACAUGAGCGGGGUCCGUCUGGCCCGUCUCCCACGGAGCAACAGACAGGGCCAUCGGCGCAUGGUGUGCUGCUCUGCCUGGAAUGAGGAGAACCAAGCUUGUAAUCUGUUCACCUGCGGCUUCGACCGCCAGGCCAUCGGCUGGAACAUCAACAUCCCUGCCCUGCUCCAGGAGAAGUGACACGCUCACGGUUCAGUUUUACACAUAUACAAGUUUAACACGUCCGUCAGUGCCACACCUGCAGUAGAUUUUAAAAGAACACAUUCACGUUGUGUGUGAUAAGACUCCGUUUUUCAUCCGUUGGUGUCUGUGGUCGCUGGCCGGCGGUCAUCAUCCCGUCAUGCCUUCUGACAUGUGUGCAAAACUCAAUUUCAUGGAUAUUUUGCAUAUCUAGCCCUGCGCUGUCUGCUCUGAGGUCAUAUAGUGUGGUGAACUUCCUCCCAGUCUUGUUACCCAGUUUUUACAUGUUUGCAUGAUUCAAACUGAGACUCGUCAAUCCUGCGAGACCGGGACAUGGCCUGCCGCUGUUACAUUCAAGUAAUUUUUCACUUUAGUGCUAUUUUUGUUGUGCAAUGUUCUUUGUAAAGAUGACUUUUUAUUUUACGUUAGCAUUUUAGAGUUGUUUUUUUUGUAUAGAGUUCUGCUUUGCUUUUUUAUAGAGAUGAGAUGUGCAAAAGAAACGUAGAGCGCACUGCCUUUGUGAAUGGAAAUCAGCAAUCACAUUUACGUUUUACCUUGAUGUUCUGAUUGGAACCGCCAUUCGAGCAGCCUGUCAGUAUUGCCGCAGUCCAUUUGCAUGACAAACCCACCUCUCUUGUCAAAUAUGUGAAGCAAAAUGCUGUAUAAUUGCUGUGUAAUCUUGUUCACC